UCAUUGUGGCAGCAUGGACAUGGUUGUAGACGAGAAAUAGUAAUUUUAGUUUAAUGCAAUUACCCAAAGCCUGUAGGUAUUUUAGAAAUUGCAGUUACCUUAAAGGUUUCAUCAGAAUGAUUUCCGAUGCAUCAACUAUUGCUGAACUAGAAGAUCAAAAGCAAGCAAACGAUUUACAGAAUUUAAUAUAUGUUGACAAAAUGCCUUACACUGUUGUAACAGAAGGCAAAGCAGAAGUUUUAUUUCCUAGUUCUCAUGAUGUUUUUUACAAUCCUGUCCAAGAAUUUAAUCGUGAUUUGUCCAUUGCAGUUUUAAAGCAAGUCAUUAAAGAAUCAGCCUUUGUAAAUUUACGAGAUAAAUCAAAACAGAAAGAUGAAGCUAAACCUGAUGAACAGAGACCAGUGCGUAUUUUGGAAGCAUUGGCUGCAUCGGGACUUCGAUCCAUAAGAUUUGCUAAAGAAAUUGAGAGUAAUUUAAAAAUUUUAGCUAAUGACCGAGACAGACAAGCUUUCUCCAGCAUGCAAAGAAAUGUUAAACAUAACAAAGUAGAAGAUGUUGUUGAGCCAUGUAAUGAAGAUGCUUCAUUGUUGAUGUACAAAAAUCGCUGUUUUAAAGAUCGAUUUGAUGUUGUUGACCUUGAUCCUUAUGGUACUGCUGCCCCAUUUUUGGAUGCUGCUGUGCAGUGUGUUGCAGAUGGAGGUCUUCUAAUGGUUACAUGCACGGAUAUGGCUGUGUUGUGUGGGAAUGGAAUUGAAGCAUGCCAUGCUAAAUAUGGUGCUAUAUCUGCAAAAAGUAGUAAUUGCCAUGAAAUGGCUUUACGAAUUGUUCUGCAAUCAAUUGAAUCACAUGCAAAUAGAUAUGGAAGAUACAUCCAGCCUUUGUUGUCCCUUAGUGUUGAUUUUUAUGUAAGGCUUUUUGUAAGGAUCUUUACCAGCCCAAAAGCAGUGAAAGAAAGUGUUUGUAAAUUAUCUCUAGUCUACAUUUGUCCUACUUGUGGGUCCUUUUACUUGCAGCCUUUGGGAAAUAAGCUAAAAACUGAUAAAGGAGAAAAAUAUACUCCUGCGGUUGGACCACCUGUGAACAAAAGAUGCGACAUUUGUAACUGCUCUUAUAAAGUCUGUGGUCCAAUAUGGUCUUCAAAAUUACAUGACAAAGAAUUUGUUGAAGAAGUUGUGCAAAUGCUUGAACAAGAGCAAGAGCAGUACAAAACAUAUAAAAGAAUGAUAGGAAUUCUAACUGUUGUUUUAGAGGAGCUAGAAGAUUGUCCUUUGUAUCAUAAAAUUCCUUGUUUAGCUAGCACGGUCCAUGUGGUCUCACCUACUAACAAUGAUAUGAGAUCUGCCAUUUUGAAUGCUGGUUACAGGGUUUCCAUCUCUCAUGCUUCCCCGAUUUCUAUUAAAACAGAUGCCCCACAAGAAGUCAUAUGGGACAUUAUCAAAGCAUGGGCUAAACAGCACCCAGGCAAGAAAACCUUUGAAAAUGAGCCAUCUAAAACCAUAAUGUCCAAUUCUGCAGCAUCAAUGUUUUCUUUUGACCCCCAUCCGGAUGCUGAACCGAAGUCUCGAACAAAUAAUCUUCUACGGUUUCAAGUUAAUCCGACUUCCAACUGGGGUCCGAAAUGCAGAGCAACGACUAGUCUUUUUGAAGGAAAAGAAGGUGAAAAGCGUAAAAGAUAUCAAAAUAAGAGGCAGAAAAAAGACAGUGAGGAUCAUGAAGCUGUAAGCAAAAAAAUUAAGGUUAAAGAAGAAUCAAAUAUAGACAACUGCAUAAAGUAGUUUGACUGAAAUAUUUUUGUACAUAAAACGAUGUGUAAUAAAUAUUUUAUUAGGAAAAA